AUGGUAAUUUGCGUCGCUAUUUCAAGAAUCAAGAUAGAGGUAUUUGGAAAGCUAGCACGACUUACAAAUGUACAUGCAAAAUUUUUUGAUCUGCCGUUCAUUGGUUGCACCUUUACUUGGUCAAAUAAUCAUGAAACGGGUGUUGUGGCUAAGAAGCUAGAUAGAAUUUUGGUAAAUGAUCAAUGGCAGCUAUCUUUUCCAAACUUUGUUGGUGUCUUUGGGAAACCUGGAAUCUCCGAUCAUAGCCCUUGCUGUGUGUUUCUUGACUCUCUUAAACCCAAGCCAAAGCGGCCUUUCAAAUUUUAUACCCUUUUGAAUCAACAUCCUGAGUUCUCUGAACUGAUAAAGAUGCUUUGUGUUUCAAAGAAAUUGAAGGAGCUAAAGAGUAUUAUUAGGCACUUUAGCCGGGAGAAUUAUUUAGAGAUUGAAAAGAGAGUGAAGGAGUCAUACGCUGAUUUGCUUCAAUGUCAACAAGAUCUUCUAACCUCUCCUUCAGAUGUUGGCGGCUGCAACCUGCUCGCUCUGAAGAGGCAGUGCAGCUUCAGAUGCAUCUGA